CGGGGUUACCAUCUUUGUUAUCACGGGCGCCGCACCCUUACCGUUCAUGCGAAGACAGUGUUUAAGCAAAAAAGCGUCCGAUUUAUGUAGUGAAAAGGGAAGAAUAUCGGGGUCUGUAUGACUGGUCGGUGGAUAAUAUUGUGAGUCUGUGCAUACUGAGAUGGCAAUGCAGCUCCACUGAACGGCUAAUGUGUGGGGAGUGCAUGUGUUCUCAGAGAGUGGAGACCUAGUGAACCACACAAGACUGUGUUUGUAUUCCUCAGCCAACAGGAUUGCCAGGGUUUCUGAUUUAUACACAUAGAAUAUCACAAUGAGUGAACUAGACCAGUUACGACAAGAAACAGAACAAUUGAAAAACCAAAUAAGGGAGGCCAGGAAGGCUGCGGCUGACACCACACUUCCUCAGGCAGCAGCAAAUGUCGACCCAGUCGGCAGAAUUCAAAUGCGCACCAGGCGCACCCUUAGGGGCCAUCUUGCAAAAAUAUAUGCCAUGCAUUGGGCAUCUGAUUCCAGAAAUUUAGUUUCAGCUUCACAAGAUGGUAAAUUAAUAGUAUGGGAUACUUGCACCACCAACAAGGUUCAUGCUAUUCCACUACGCUCCAGCUGGGUAAUGACCUGUGCCUAUGCUCCCUCGGGCAGCUACGUCGCAUGUGGUGGGCUGGACAACAUUUGUUCCAUUUACAGUCUAAAAACUCGAGAAGGCAAUGUCCGUGUUAGUAGAGAGUUGCCUGGCCACACUGGCUACCUCUCUUGUUGCCGAUUUCUCGAUGAUAACCAAAUAGUCACAAGCUCAGGAGAUAUGACUUGUGCAUUAUGGGAUAUAGAAACUGGCCAGAACACCACUUCAUUCACAGGGCACACUGGUGAUGUCAUGAGUCUAUCACUGGCUCCCGAUAUGAAGACAUUUGUGUCAGGUGCUUGUGAUGCAUCGGCUAAGCUCUGGGAUAUCAGAGAUGGAAUGUGCAAGCAGACUUUCUCAGGCCAUGAGUCAGAUAUUAAUGCAAUUACGUAUUUCCCGAAUGGCUCUGCGUUUGCUACGGGGUCUGAUGACGCCACGUGCCGCCUGUUCGAUAUCCGGGCAGACCAGGAGAUCGGCAUGUACUCCCACGACAACAUCAUCUGUGGUAUCACAUCUGUGGCCUUCUCCAAGAGUGGACGCCUGCUCCUCGGCGGAUAUGAUGACUUUAAUUGCAAUGUAUGGGACGUGCUCAAACAAGAUAGAGCAGGUGUGCUAGCUGGCCAUGACAACCGUGUGAGCUGUUUGGGUGUGACAGAGGACGGGAUGGCCGUCGCAACAGGAUCAUGGGAUAGCUUCCUCAAGAUCUGGAACUGAGGCCUGCGGUGGUGCAGGAUGGGCGAGUUGUGCGUGUGGUCCGUCAAUGUCCAUGUUGCUUUUCUUUCUGUAAUGGCAGUCUGUUCUCACAACACGUGGAAGGAUGCGAUCUGAUGUUGGUGAGAGGCUCACACUGUACAAGACUAUCCAGUGCGUGGUGAUAGUCACCUGAGGACAACCCCCCUGGUGUAUAUACGGACUACCCAUUUCUGUCUGUCUGUCUCUCUUGUUUCAGUAGAUAGACAUUGAGCUCCAGUAUGUAAGGGAGACCAACACAAUCACUUCUCAUUGGAGUCCCAUCAGCCACCUGUGAGAAGCAGCAGUCUGCGAGUGACUACACGUAGUCCUCACAAACCUACAAGUGACACAAUCAUCUUGGAUCAUGUGGGAAAAGCGAUUAACCCUGCGGUGUGGAUUCCUAAAGGGUUAACUAACAUUUUGAGGGAUAGAUGGGCAAUUUCACUGACCUUAAAGGAACAAGUCGACCGACUGACUUAAGCAAAGAUUGCAAUAAUUUCUUGAUAAAUUAUUACUUGGAUUAUGGUGGUCUUUGAACUGACGUGAAUUGCCCAGACUGGAAGGGAUUUGAAAACGUGUGCAUUCUGAAAGAUGCUUGAUUUGGCAGGAGGUAACACUUGUAGGUUUACAAUUUAUGUAGUGUGGUGAAACAACAAUUAUUUGUGAGACAAAAGUGUAGCAUUUUACCAUUUUCAAGACAUGACCAUUAAUUAAUUAAUUGCCGUCUUAAAUUUUGCAUAUGUCUUGGCCGCGAGAAGUGUGUGUACAAGGCAAAUCAAGCCGUAUUGUAUUCUCUUUUGAUAUUGAAACUGAAUUGAUUGUACUUUUAUUUCUGACAUGGAAUUGUAGAUGGAAAAGUCUGCUUCAUCGCUCAAGUCUUCUAUGUGUCUGUUUGUGAGAAUGUCUUGGUGUCAACUUCUCAUUGCAUACUGUGCAGAGCUAAUGUUCUGCCAUGCUGCUCUUCACCCGUGCAGUUCUCUGGACAGAGGGGUCAGUGCAGAGAGCUGCACAUCCAUGGCGUACCUGCUUCCUCAGUGCACCUACCUACUUGAGGUGCGUGCAUGCGUGAGGCAUCUAUGCUGGCACUGUAGCCACAUUGCUGUCGGUCCACAUGACCAGAACCAUGUGUGGUGGUGUGGACCGAGGAGCAUCACUGUACAGUGUGCUUGUGACUGAGCGAUGCAGCUUGCCAUCAUAUUGUCAGUCUGCUUCCCAGUCUGUCGUCAAAUAUCUACCUAUAGUGUGGAUAUUUGGACACCCAUAUAUGAAUUGUAGUGCAAUAUUUGUAUGUGUCAAGUGUGGGUAUCGCUUCAAGACGUGCGUCUGCACACAAGUCACUUUGGAGUCCCGACCUAACUUUAUGCAAUCUUCCUCAUUUCCAUAUUUACUGCGAUACGGUGUAUGAGAGCUUGCCCUCUGAAUCCUGUUUCAUGGAUGUAUUUUCCUUUUAUCAAUUGGUAGAUACUUCCUUGUACCCGGAUUUAGAUUGUGAGUCAAAGUCAUUCAAAAACAAGAACGGGGGACCAAGGUCGGGGCAUGGUUGGCUUCUCCUGGAGUUGUCCUGGAGCUAUGUUGACAGUGAAUCAUGUCCUGUAAGUGCACUGUUGUUGUGCUGGGAUACCCAAUGGACACCCGUUGUUACAAAAGCCGCCUCGACUACUAUAUAGCAUAUACUAUCCAAAUUACCAUGUGUGCAAGUGUAGAUAUUUGUUGCAAAUGUGUCUUGUGACAUGAAAUAUUUGAAAGAAAAUAAUUGUAAAAAAUACACACAUUUUUUUCCAUGGAUUAUCAGUUUUGUUGAUGUAUCUUGAACGACAACAUUUAAACAGCACCCCCCUUUUAAUCUUAUUGUUCUUUUGUUCAAGUCAAUGUUUUGGUAACAAACAUUAUUUAUUGAACCUUGUCUGUUGCCAUGGCUAAGUUAUAUCUCUGGACAUUUAUCUUCUAGCUGCUGUCUGAUAAACAAUGGGAUCAGCUUUUACCUCGUUGUUGUCAAGGUCAUAGAUUCAUGUGAAGGGCAUGAUUAUGUCAUGAUGCAUUUCCGUAUUAAGUCAAGAUUUGCCGGACACCUACAUUGCCAAAACAGUCAGUUAAACAUCAAGAGGCUAUUUUGCUUAGACGGAAAUGUGUGUUUUACUAGGAUGCACACCAAUAGUGAUUGGAAGAGUGGCAUGAAGCAUUGGCAGGAUAGAAGCUGAUCCUGUGUGUUGUUGUAACAGCUAUCACUGACUGUGUCAUCAUGGUGUUUGCAGAUAUGUUGCAAUAUAUACAUGAACUUUGUACCUGUGUGAUCAGAAGGUCUCAUAUCUCAAUGAAGUCAGCUUUGUUUUAUCAAAAACUGGAAAAUCCAAAAAUAUCCCUGGAUGUGAAAUCUCACAAAAUAUACUCUCAGUGGGGAGAGGAAGUAAGCAGAUUGAGAUAUGGAACUGAAGUCUUGAGUUGAGGUAAAGGUUUCAGUAAUGAAGCCUUUGGAUCUGAUAGUGUAGUCUUUAAUCAGGGGAAACUAACCUUACGUCGGGAUUGUUCAACUCGGCUCAUAUCCCAAGAGCUUGUGUCUACUGUGAAAUCUAUUUGUAUAUGACAUAAUUAUGUUUUUAGUGCGUUUACUCAUUGUUUUUGCAUUUAUGUAUCUAAUGUUUUUUCUAAGGCAAGUAUUACAUUAUGACUAAUCGUUGCACAAGAUUUGUUCAACAUGUGCUGCGAUAUGAUAGUAGUUUUCAGAAAUUGUGACAAGAAAGACUCAAUUUUAGUUUCACAGACUAAUUGUUGUUAAGUAUCUGUCAUAGAUUCUUCUGUAACAUAUUCACAAUAAUAUAUUUGUGUUCUUAUUUAAAUAUAUUCGGAAACAAAGUUUUGGGAAAAACCACCAUAGAUUCUAAUUUAUGUCUGUGAUAUUAAAAUUUUGAAAGUGUAUGUCUCAGCAGCGACCAUUGUACUACUAUCCAGGCAGUGUUGGCAUGCGUGACUGGUCUGCAUGAUAUGAAUGUCUAUAGUCACACUUUGCUUCUGUAUUCAUUAUAUGUAGUCCCUGCUAGUAGCAGCUGUCAAAUGAUUUCUGAAAUUUAACAAAUUUCAUUGUCACAAUGUAGAAAAAACUGUCGGUUGUCAAGGUGUUGACAACAGACAUCUUUGAGCAGCCUGUGCAGCCAGCGGACAACACGACUUGCUGUUGUGCUGCACGAGCUCUAGUCUAUAUACACUUUGUGGACUCAUUUUCGUAUGUGUAUAUGUAACUCAUUUGUCAAAUAAAGCUAUUUGUCUUUAUGAAA